AGUCACAUGACUGUUCAAAAUGGCUGAAUUUGUUUUCUAAAACUAUUCCAUAUGUAUUCUCGAGACUGUCUCUGUGCUUGAUCAUUAUAUAUUGCGUUGAAGAUGAGUGUUUUACAAAGUCUACGAGGGACUUUUCAAAAUGUCCAACAAGGAUUAAGUUCAGCAUUUACACAAAAGGCCAAGUCUCCUGUCAAAGAAUCUAGACUGGAGGAUAUUAAUCUAGAUGCUGGUGCUGAUCUUCUUAACAGGUACCAACAAGACUGGAUUAAGUUACAUGAUACAGCAGAGGAAAAUGCAUGGUGUGCACAGGAAGUUGAUGGCAACAUAUCAAAGGUCUACCUGGAAAUUGAAAGGCAGAAUGAGAUGUUGACAUCCCUCAGUGCAGAGCUAGAAAGUCUCCCUGGGUAUCUUGAACAGCUACAGUCAGCCACUAAUAUGUUAGCCUCCUUGGAGGGUUCAUUUGAAGACAUUGAGUCACAGCUGUUGAACCUGGAAGAUAUCAUUGAACAAGUUGAGCUGUUCUCCAACAAACAGCAUCAUAUUGCCCAACUUCAGUUCUACACACAGAAGAAGAACACUGAGGUUGAGACUAUGAAAGUUGAACUCGCCAUGCAGCAUGCAAGCAAAGUGAAAGACAUGGAAGAGAGGAGAUUGAAGCAACUGAAAGACAAACAGGAUGCCCUGGAUGAAGCAUUUGCUGAUGAUAUGAAAUAUUUCAAAACACAUGGCAAAACUGAAAGACAAACCAGUGUUAGCAGUGGGGACACUGAUAGUAAAGUAGAACUUGAUAUCGCUGAUGUUGCACUCGACGCAGAUGACCAGGCAGCCUUAGAUGACUUUCUGGAUGAGAAAAAUCUUCCCAUCGAUUCAGGUGACAUUAACGAAGUGGAAAACAUUCCUAGUGAUACAACUAAAACUCCAAGUGAUUCGGCUGAAGUUUCCGGCGAUUCUGUCCAAACACCUGCUGAGUCUGCAGGAAACGCUGACAAAAUACCAUGUGAUUCUACAGAAAAUUCCAUCAAAACAAAUGAUUCAUCAGAGAAUUCUUCUGAUCCUGUUCAAAGUCCAACAGAUUCUACAGAUAAUUCCGAGAAAUCUGUGAUAAAGUCAAGUGAAUCAGCAGAAAAUUCUGAAGAAUCUGGGAAAAUUACAAGUGAUUUAACAGAAAAUUCUGGUGAACCUGUUAAACCUUCCAAUGAUUCUACUUGAACAUUUGUGUAGUAAUACUUCACUGGAACUGAACUUUCUGUGCAAUUUGAAAAAAUAUUGAAUGCAAUACUAGAUAUAAAUCUGUUAUACUAUGAACACAUCAAAUGUGCCUUUUAAUGCUGUCAUAAUAUUUUAC